GGGCUGCGCUGCCUGGACAGAGAGAUUUCCUCUCCGUUUGGAUACCCUCCCGUCUUCUCUUCUCCUUUGUUAUUUAUUUCCCCAGCUGCCCCCCUCUGAAGGGGAAAGUGUGUGAGAGAGUCUUCCUGAUUGCCAGAAAUUUCUUUUGCACUGUGUGGGCAGGAGACAGAUUUUUUUUUCCUCCCUCCGUCCCCCGAACUGUCUCUUUUCUCAUUUAUUAAUUUUGUUUUCCGUUUCUUUCCCUCCCCUGCGCCUCUUUCUGCAGACUUUACCUUCUUUCCCCUUCAAUUUCACUACCUCUCUUUCCUCCCUCCCUCUCCCUCCCUCCCUCCGUCCCCCUUCCCCCACCCUUUUGCUCUUUUAAAAGAAUUCAAUGAUGCCUGGGGAUUGCUAGCACACCCUCCUUCAGCCGAGCGCGGGACUCUGCAUUAAUUCAAGAGCAAUGUUCUGUGAUGGUGCCCGAGAUGCGUGGACUGAGCCCAGGCCGAAGGCUGCCCGAGCCCGCCCUGUGCCCGGCUGCGGGAGGGAGCCCUGAGCCUGGGGCUGCUGGCCGGCGUCGCCACGUCCUGGCCCUGCCCGAGGAGGAGGCAUGGCGGCCACAGCAGUGUGCCCUGCUCGAGGCCGAUGCUUCCGACGAGGUGGGCAUGCUGCCCGCCUCCCCGCGCUCUGCGGUGGCCAGCUUCGACAACUUCUUCCCGGUGCAGGAGGGCGAGGGCCCGGGCUGGGAGGGCAGCACCACGCUGGAUGCAGGCUCCAGCACCUUCCUCCCCGUGAGUCCAGAGGUCAUGAAGCGGAGACGCGGGGGUCUCAUCGAGCAGCGGGACAUCAUCAAGGCCCACGAAGCACACAAGAUGCAGAGUACCCCGCAGGCCCGACGAAAGGAGUGGGAGAUGGCUCGCUUCGGGGAGGCGGUGGUCGUUGGCAGGCCGGGCUCAGGCGAUGGAGACUCGGACCAGAGCAGGAACCGGCAAGGAACCCCGGUACCGGCCUCGGGGCCGGCAGCAGCCUACAAGCAGUCGAAAGCGCAGAGGGCGCGGACUAUGGCUUUGUACAACCCCAUUCCUGUCCGGCAGAACUGUUUCACGGUCAACAGAUCCUUGUUCAUCUUCGGAGAAGAUAACAUUGUCAGGAAAUACGCCAAGAAGCUCAUCGAUUGGCCGCCAUUUGAGUACAUGAUCCUGGCCACCAUCAUUGCCAACUGCAUCGUCUUGGCCCUGGAGCAGCACCUUCCUGAGGAUGACAAGACCCCGAUGUCCCGAAGGCUGGAAAAGACAGAACCAUAUUUCAUUGGGAUCUUUUGCUUUGAAGCUGGGAUCAAGAUCGUGGCUCUAGGGUUCAUCUUCCAUAAGGGUUCAUACCUCCGCAAUGGCUGGAAUGUCAUGGACUUUAUCGUGGUCCUCAGUGGCAUCCUGGCCACUGCGGGAACCCACUUCAACACCCAUGUGGACCUGCGGACCCUCCGGGCUGUGCGUGUCCUGAGGCCUUUAAAGCUUGUGUCAGGAAUACCUAGCCUGCAGAUCGUGUUGAAGUCCAUCAUGAAGGCCAUGGUGCCUCUGCUGCAGAUUGGCCUUCUGCUCUUCUUUGCCAUCCUCAUGUUCGCCAUCAUUGGCUUGGAGUUCUACAGUGGCAAGUUACAUCGAGCAUGCUUCACGAACAAUUCAGGUAUUCUAGAGGGAUUUGAUCCUCCCCACCCGUGUGGUGUGCAGGGCUGCCCGGCUGGUUACGAAUGUAAGGACUGGAUCGGCCCCAAUGACGGGAUCACCCAGUUUGACAACAUCCUUUUUGCUGUGCUGACUGUCUUCCAAUGCAUCACCAUGGAAGGAUGGACCACCGUGCUGUACAAUACCAAUGAUGCCUUAGGAGCCACCUGGAAUUGGCUGUACUUCAUCCCCCUCAUCAUCAUUGGAUCCUUCUUUGUUCUCAACCUUGUCCUGGGAGUGCUUUCAGGGGAAUUUGCCAAAGAAAGAGAGAGAGUGGAGAACCGAAGAGCAUUCAUGAAGCUGCGGCGCCAGCAACAGAUAGAGCGAGAAUUGAAUGGCUACCGUGCCUGGAUAGACAAAGCAGAGGAAGUCAUGCUUGCCGAGGAAAAUAAAAACGCUGGAACGUCAGCCUUGGAAGUGCUUCGAAGGGCAACCAUCAAAAGGAGCCGGACGGAGGCCAUGACCCGAGACUCCAGCGAUGAGCACUGCGUUGAUAUCUCUUCUGUGGGCACACCUCUUGCCAGAGCCAGUAUCAAGAGCACAAAGGUAGAUGGAGCUUCCUAUUUCCGGCACAAGGAACGGCUUCUGCGCAUCUCUAUCCGCCACAUGGUCAAAUCCCAAGUGUUUUAUUGGAUUGUCCUGAGUGUUGUGGCUCUCAAUACUGCCUGUGUGGCCAUUGUUCAUCACAACCAGCCCCAGUGGCUCACUCACCUCCUCUACUAUGCAGAAUUUUUGUUUCUGGGACUUUUCCUGUUGGAGAUGUCCCUGAAGAUGUAUGGCAUGGGGCCACGCCUUUAUUUCCACUCUUCAUUCAACUGCUUUGAUUUUGGGGUCACAGUGGGCAGCAUCUUUGAGGUGGUCUGGGCAAUCUUCAGACCUGGUACAUCUUUUGGAAUCAGUGUCUUACGAGCUCUCCGCCUCCUGAGGAUAUUUAAAAUAACCAAGUAUUGGGCAUCCCUCCGGAAUCUGGUUGUCUCCUUGAUGAGCUCCAUGAAGUCUAUCAUCAGCUUGCUCUUCCUCCUCUUCCUCUUCAUCGUUGUCUUCGCUCUCCUAGGAAUGCAGCUCUUUGGAGGCAGGUUUAACUUUAAUGAUGGGACUCCUUCGGCUAAUUUUGACACCUUCCCUGCGGCUAUCAUGACAGUGUUCCAGAUCCUGACAGGGGAAGACUGGAAUGAGGUGAUGUACAACGGCAUCCGCUCCCAGGGUGGGGUCAGCUCAGGCAUGUGGUCUGCCAUCUACUUCAUCGUGCUCACCUUGUUUGGAAACUACACACUGCUGAACGUAUUCUUGGCCAUCGCUGUGGACAAUUUGGCCAAUGCCCAAGAAUUGACCAAGGAUGAACAGGAGGAGGAAGAAGCCUUCAACCAGAAGCAUGCACUGCAGAAAGCCAAGGAGGUUAGCCCGAUGUCUGCACCCAACAUGCCUUCUAUUGAAAGAGACAGAAGGAGAAGACACCACAUGUCGAUGUGGGAGCCGCGCAGCAGCCACCUGAGGGAGCGGAGGCGCCGGCACCACAUGUCUGUGUGGGAACAACGCACCAGCCAGCUGAGGAGGCACAUGCAAAUGUCGAGCCAGGAAGCCCUCAACAAAGAGGAGGCCCCGCCGAUGAACCCCCUCAACCCACUCAAUCCACUGAGCCCUCUCAACCCGCUCAACGCUCACCCCAGCCUCUAUCGGAGGCCCAGGCCCAUAGAGGGCCUAGCCCUGGGCCUGGGUCUUGAGAAGUGCGAAGAGGAGCGCAUUAGCCGCGGGGGUUCCCUCAAGGGCGAUGUAGGGGGCCUGACCAGUGUCCUGGACAACCAGAGGAGUCCCUUGUCCUUGGGCAAGCGGGAGCCACCGUGGCUGCCCAGAUCCUGUCAUGGAAACUGUGACCCAACCCAGCAGGAGUCUGGGGGAGGAGAGACGGUGGUGACGUUUGAGGACCGGGCCAGGCAUAGGCAGAGCCAGAGGCGCAGCCGCCAUCGCCGCGUCAGGACUGAGGGCAAGGAGUCUGCCUCCGUGUCCCGGAGCAGGUCCGCCAGCCAGGAGCGGAGUCUGGAUGAAGGCGUGUCCGUUGAGGGGGAGAAAGAACAUGAGCCUCAGGGCAGCCACAGGAGUAAAGAGCCAACCAUCCAUGAAGAGGAGAGAACCCAGGACUUAAGGAGGACCAACAGUCUGAUGGUACCCAGGGGAUCUGGACUGGUAGGAGCUCUGGAUGAGGCAGAAACCCCUCUGGUCCAGCCCCAGCCUGAGUUGGAAGUGGGAAAGGAUGCCGCUCUGACAGAGCAGGAGGCUGAAGGCACCAGCGAGCAAGCCCUGCUGGGGGAUGUACAGCUGGAUGUGGGCCGCGGCAUCAGCCAGAGCGAGCCCGACCUCUCCUGCAUGACCACCAACAUGGACAAGGGUACCACCGAGAGCACCAGCGUCGCCGUCGCCAUCCCUGACGUUGACCCCUUGGUGGAUUCAACAGUAGUGCACAUUAGCAACAAGACCGAUGGAGAAGCCAGUCCCUUGAAGGAGGCAGAGACCAAAGAGGAGGAGGAAGAGGUGGAGAAGAAGAAGCAGAAGAAGGAGAAGCGAGAGACUGGCAAAGCCAUGGUGCCCCAUAGUUCUAUGUUCAUCUUCAGCACCACUAACCCGAUCCGCAGGGCCUGCCACUACAUUGUGAACCUACGCUACUUUGAGAUGUGCAUCCUCCUGGUGAUUGCGGCCAGCAGCAUUGCCCUGGCAGCCGAGGACCCUGUUCUGACCAACUCGGAGCGCAACAAAGUCCUGAGAUAUUUCGACUAUGUUUUCACAGGCGUAUUUACCUUUGAGAUGGUUAUAAAGAUGAUAGAUCAAGGCUUGAUCCUGCAGGAUGGAUCCUACUUCCGAGACCUCUGGAACAUCCUGGACUUUGUGGUAGUGGUUGGUGCAUUGGUAGCCUUUGCUCUGGCGAACGCUUUGGGAACCAACAAGGGACGGGACAUCAAGACUAUCAAGUCUCUGAGGGUACUCCGAGUUCUGCGACCACUGAAAACCAUCAAGCGCUUGCCCAAGCUGAAGGCUGUGUUUGACUGCGUGGUGACCUCCUUGAAGAACGUCUUCAACAUACUCAUUGUCUACAAGCUCUUUAUGUUCAUCUUUGCUGUCAUCGCCGUCCAGCUGUUCAAGGGGAAGUUCUUUUAUUGCACCGAUAGUUCGAAGGACACAGAGAAGGAGUGCAUAGGCAACUAUGUAGAUCAUGAGAAAAACAAGAUGGAGGUAAAGGGCCGGGAAUGGAAGCGUCAUGAAUUCCACUACGACAACAUCAUCUGGGCCCUGCUGACCCUCUUCACUGUCUCCACAGGGGAAGGGUGGCCUCAGGUCCUGCAGCAUUCUGUAGAUGUGACAGAGGAGGACAGAGGCCCAAGCCGCAGCAACCGCAUGGAGAUGUCCAUCUUUUAUGUGGUCUACUUUGUGGUGUUCCCUUUCUUCUUCGUCAAUAUCUUUGUGGCUCUCAUCAUCAUCACCUUCCAGGAGCAAGGGGAUAAGAUGAUGGAGGAGUGUAGCCUGGAAAAGAAUGAGCGCGCAUGCAUUGACUUCGCCAUUAGUGCAAAACCCCUCACCCGCUACAUGCCGCAGAACAGGCAUACCUUCCAGUACCGCGUGUGGCACUUCGUGGUUUCUCCAUCCUUCGAGUAUACCAUCAUGGCCAUGAUCGCCUUGAACACUGUCGUGCUGAUGAUGAAGUACUAUUCUGCUCCUUGUACCUAUGAACUCGCCCUAAAGUACCUGAACAUUGCCUUCACCAUGGUGUUUUCCCUGGAAUGUGUCCUAAAGGUCAUCGCUUUUGGCUUCCUGAACUAUUUCCGCGACACCUGGAACAUCUUUGACUUCAUCACUGUGAUUGGCAGUAUCACAGAAAUCAUCCUGACAGACAGCAAGCUGGUGAACACCAGUGGCUUCAAUAUGAGCUUUCUGAAGCUCUUCCGAGCUGCACGCCUCAUAAAGCUUCUGCGUCAGGGCUACACCAUUCGCAUUUUGCUGUGGACCUUCGUGCAGUCCUUUAAGGCUCUCCCCUAUGUCUGCCUUCUGAUUGCCAUGCUUUUCUUCAUCUAUGCCAUCAUUGGGAUGCAGGUAUUUGGAAACAUAAAAUUAGAUGAGGAGAGUCACAUCAACCGGCACAACAACUUCCGGAGUUUCUUCGGGUCCCUCAUGCUGCUCUUCAGGAGUGCCACGGGGGAGGCUUGGCAGGAGAUAAUGCUGUCGUGUCUUGGUGAGAAGGGCUGUGAACCUGAUACCACUGCACCCUCAGGGCAGAACGAGAAUGAGCGUUGUGGCACUGACCUGGCCUACGUUUACUUUGUCUCCUUCAUCUUCUUCUGCUCCUUCCUGAUGCUUAACCUGUUCGUGGCUGUCAUCAUGGACAACUUCGAGUACCUGACUCGAGAUUCCUCUAUCCUGGGGCCUCACCACUUGGAUGAGUUUGUCCGUGUCUGGGCAGAAUAUGACCGAGCAGCAUGUGGCCGCAUCCAUUACACUGAGAUGUAUGAAAUGCUGACUCUCAUGUCACCACCGCUAGGCCUCGGCAAGAGAUGUCCCUCCAAAGUGGCCUAUAAGAGGUUGGUCCUGAUGAACAUGCCAGUGGCUGAGGACAUGACAGUCCAUUUCACCUCCACACUUAUGGCUCUGAUCCGGACAGCCCUGGACAUUAAAAUCGCCAAAGGUGGUGCAGACAGACAGCAGCUAGACUCAGAGCUACAAAAAGAAACCCUGGCCAUUUGGCCUCACCUGUCUCAGAAGAUGCUGGAUCUGCUUGUGCCCAUGCCCAAAGCCUCUGACCUGACAGUGGGCAAAAUCUAUGCAGCGAUGAUGAUUAUGGACUACUAUAAACAGAGCAAGGUGAAGAAGCAGCGACAGCAGCUAGAAGAACAGAAAAAUGCACCCAUGUUCCAGCGCAUGGAGCCCUCAUCACUGCCUCAGGAGAUCAUUGCUAAUGCCAAAGCCCUGCCUUAUCUCCAGCAGGACCCCGUUUCAGGACUGAGUGGUCGGAGUGGAUACACUUCAAUGAGUCCACUCUCCCCUCAAGAAAUAUUCCAGUUGGCUUGUAUGGACCCAGCUGAUGAUGGACAAUUCCAGGAACAGCAAUCUCUGGAGCCAGAGGUUAGUGAAUUAAAAAGUGUGCAGUCCUCUAGCCAUGGCAUCUACCUUCCUCCGGACACCCAGAAGCAUGCGGGAUCUGGGAGGGCAUCCUCUAUGCCACGUCUGACUAUGGAUCCCCAGGUGGUAACAGACCCUAGCUCUAUGCGACGUUCAUUUUCUACAAUUCGGGAUAAGCGUUCAAAUUCCUCAUGGUUGGAGGAGUUCUCUAUGGAGCGUAGCAGUGAAAAUACCUACAAGUCACGGCGCAGAAGUUAUCAUUCCUCCCUGAGGCUGUCAGCCCACCGCCUGAAUUCUGACUCUGGCCACAAGUCUGACACUCACCGCUCAGGAGGCAGGGAGAGAGGCCGGUCCAAAGAACGAAAGCAUCUUCUCUCUCCUGAUGUCUCCCGCUGCAAUUCUGAAGAGCGAGGGACCCAGGCUGACUGGGAGUCCCCAGAGCGUCGCCAGUCCAGGUCACCCAGCGAGGGAAGGUCACAGACCCCCAACAGACAGGGCACUGGUUCCCUGAGUGAGAGCUCCAUUCCCUCCAUCUCUGACACCAGCACCCCAAGACGAAGUCGUCGCCAGCUCCCACCUGUGCCACCAAAGCCCCGGCCCCUCCUCUCCUACAGCUCCCUGAUGAGACACACUGGCGGCAUCUCUCCACCUCCUGAUGGAAGUGAGGGUGGGUCCCCACUGGCCUCUCAAGCCCUGGAGAGCAACAGCGCUUGCCUGACCGAGUCUUCCAACUCCUUGCACCCCCAGCAGGGCCCGCACUCUUCCCCACAGCACUACAUCUCCGAGCCCUAUCUGGCCCUCCAUGAAGACUCCCACGCCUCAGACUGUGGCGAGGAGGAGACACUCACCUUUGAGGCAGCCGUGGCUACUAGCUUGGGCCGCUCCAACACCAUUGGCUCUGCCCCACCCCUGCGGCACAGCUGGCAGAUGCCUAACGGGCACUAUCGGCGGCGGAGGCGUGGGGGGCCUGGGCCUGGCAUGAUGUGCGGAGCUGUCAGUGACCUCCUGAGUGACACGGAAGAAGAUGAUAAGUGCUAGAGGCUGCCAUCCCCUCCGAUGCAUGCUCUUCUCUCACAGGGAGAAAAAACCAAGACCAAAUUGGGAAGCCAGUGCGGCCCGGGGGGGAGGAAGAGGGAGGAGGAAGAUGGAGAAAGGACGCCAUGCAUCCUCAGAGAAGAGGAAGUCAAAGACAGCUGGAAAACCAGACAAACCCACCAAUUUGCGUUAUUUCCCUUUGCAAGAUGGGCACUGCCAUAGUUCUGCCUCUUUGCUGGGGAAAGAAAGUACAGGGAUGUGGGGGGUUAUUCCCAUGGGAGAAGGGACACGAAGGUGGCUGGGCUUCCCUUGCCCCUUCCCACUUUUCUAUAAGCUGCAGCGGGAUCUGGCUGGCCUGUGUCUGAGCUCACUGCCCUGAGCAGCUGGGAAGACUUCCCUGGCAGCAUCUCAAUGUGUGAAGAGUGGAGACCAUAGAAGACUCUCCGCACCAGCUCUUGCGCUUUGGCUGCCCCCCCAGGGCAACUGCAGCAGCAUCUCAUGCAUUUUCUUGGGGCUUGCUUCCCCCCCAAAGAGACAUGCGCUAAGUCAGGAGCACUGGAUACUGAUGGGAGAAGGGAGGGAGGGAGAGACGGGCCAGAGCAGAAGGGCCCAAGGUGCUGUGGCAAUAGCAGCAGCGAGGGCUGGUCUGGGUGAGAAAAGCCAUAGCACAGCAGCCCGUACCAUGAAGGCAAGGGCCAAAGAAACGGAACUGGAGGUGCUGGUGGGUAGCAUAGGAGACCCUGACGUCUGCCACCCACCCAGUAGGUGCUGUGGUAGGUAGGCUCUAGGUACAGAGGUUCCCCGGGGCCCACAAAGGUGCCUGGAGCUCUGGUAAGGAUAAUAUUAAUUCCAAUAGCCAGGGCACCAACCCCAGUAGGGUUCAGCCGCAGUGUGGGAAUCCCAUGCGGUUCUCAGCCUUGGCCCUUUAGAUACUGGUCAGAGGGGACCCCCAAAAGUAGUGGCAAGGUGGAGGGGGAGACAUAAGAGACUCUAGGCAGACUCAGUUUUCCAACAGGCAGAGGAGGAACUCGGUAUUGGUGACAGGACUGUGACCACGGUGGGCUGGAGGCAGCAGGCCUCCGUCAAUCAGCAAGGCUAGUACUAAGCCCAGCCCAGAAUGGUCAAGGAUCGACAGCUUUGUGUUCUCUGCCACUCCCCAAAACGGACAGUGAGCACAUAUCCAAGGAGGCCACUGUGUAGUGACUUCUCUGAAGAUGAGAAAGACUGAAACAAGAGAAUGCUCCCUAAGGAAGUCAUCCUGAGGACCCCUUGGGAGAAGAAAUCCUUGGGUCUGAAGCUUGUGUAGCUGGUUUGGGGUUUGGGGAGUCAGUUGAUAAGGAUGCUUUAAGGUAAUUAGUAACUAUACCUCAGUUUUGACCUGGGCUGCUUUUCGUAAGAUAGGCUCUGACGGGCCCCCCCCCACUUUCUCUGAAUGUUCCCUGGGCCAGGGCUGGGCUUCAUCCCUUCCUUGGAAUAAAAGAUGGGUAGAGACAGCCUCAGGCCUCUAAGUCAUCCCUAAUCCCCCACAACAGAAGCAUUGAGGGAAAACAGGACCCUUCCUCAGUCACUUCCAUAAACAAUGCAGCAGAGAGCUCCAUUCUGUGGGACCCAUCACCCCUUAAGUCUCUCUCCAGUAUCAUCAGAGGUGAACAGAUGCCUCGGAGUGGGGUGUUGGGCAGGAUUGCCCUCUCUAGCUUCUUCACAUGACCCUCUCCAGUGAGACUUGAGGAUACCACCCUGAAAGCUCAGUGGAUCAACUCUUCACCCUCUUCCAUCCUACACAGUCCUUUGGGACUAGUGUAGGAGCAGCCCUUUUUCUUAGUAGGAACUUCUCCUAUGAAGUUUCCUUUCUAUCCUUCUGUCCCAUUCUUCCCAACCCUGGGCUGAUACAGAAAUAAGGCAUAGCAUCAGCUCUGAGAAGCCAAGUUCACCCAUGUGGCAACAGUCAUCUGCCACGGUCCCAUCUUCUCUUUUGAAUAUCGAUGGAGCUUCAUGAACCAUGGUCAGCCCCAAACCAAAGCAGUCCCAGGACAGGAGACCAACAAGGCAGACAGAAGGCCUGCCAACCCUCAGAUCCUCCUCCACCUUCCUUGUCCUCUUCCUCUCAGCACAUGCGUGCUCAGGGGCAGCUGAGAAUAUGAGCAUGAUCCUAACCGACGCGAUCAUUACAUAAGACUGAUGCUGGGCCUUGUGUUGUUCUAAAGGUUUUCUCUGCUCAGCCUCAUUUCAUGCCAAAGUGCUGCUAUGGGCCUCUUUGUGUGCACAAAAUUGCUUUCCUCUACCUUGGACAUGCAGCUUUCCUUAGAGGGAAGCCUGCAACAGGAUGACCAUUCUGAGCCAGCAAGCCUGUUGGAUGGUGUUUGGAGAAAUUUGUUUGCAGAGAUAUGUCCUUGCCAUCCCAGUAGUGGGAAAACUGCGGGCUGGCAGCACAGUGAUCAGAUCUGGAAGUUGACUGCAAAGAAUAGUAGUAUCAUGGAAUUUACUAUGCCUGAAUCUUCCCACACUCCUGAACUCCUUGAACACACAUGCAGGUGUGUAUAUGUGCAUACAUACAUACAUACAUACAGACAGACACACACACACACACACACACACACAUACACACACACAAUGAAGCAUUUAAAGUUAUAAAGUACUGUAGAUGUGGUCACUUGACUGACCACAUGUUUUGUUUUUUUUUUCUAACACUGAUGAAAUUAUAAACAUAUAUCUUUAUUCAUCUUCCCUUGGAUUUCUUUUCCCUUGGACAACACUUACCCUUUAUUAAGACCAGAACAUAAAAGAAUUUGCAAUAAGCCACAAACUCAUUAUUAUCAUAAUCUCUGAUUUUCUACUGCCUCUUAAUAAACUCGAAUGACAACCUUCUCCCUUGUAGCUGGUCAGAGCUUCUCCUCCUAUGAAUCAGAGUCUGUCUCUUUCUCUAUACGGAGGCUGCUUUCUGAGCCCAUGCUUCUCUUUGCAUCUUCCAGUACAUAGCAUGAUUAUUUGGGUACAGAAAAGUCUUCUUGCAGAAUUCUUUAGUCAGAUGUCUAAUCCCCUUUGCAAAAGCAUUGGUCCUCAUUGCCUCAAAACAAGAGAGGGAUGAUGAAAGGACAUCACAAGAAGAAAGGAAGCCAGGCCAGGAGGUGGUAGAAUUGCGUUUGUGUUUGGGGAUGCCUUGUCGCAUCCCUUCCUUCCUAUUUGCAGGAGAGUAUAGCAGGCUUCCACAUGGUAAGGCAGUUCAGGCUAUGUUCCCUGUGUGCCAGGAAAAUCACCUGCCCAUGGCGGGAUGGCACGCUCUAGUGUCCACCAGGCUCCACAUGAGCCAUGAUGACAGUUCCCCAUGGGAGGGAGAUAGACAACACUUAGAGAUGAGAAAUCUAUUUUUACUGCAGACUUCACGGCUUCUUCCUGCUUGUUCCCCACACUGAGGGCACCAAAUGUGUUUUUCCUGAAGCUGACUCCAGAUGUUCUGAACUUGUCCCUCCCUUCACUCUGAGGCCCAGACAAGGAUACCCAAUAUUCCAACCUCUAGUAAGCAUCUCCCCUUCCUACCUGCAUCCCUAUAUCUACCACUAUCACCACCACAGAUUCUAGGUGUGAACUGGAGUGCCCUCUGGUAACCCCAUCCCAUUCUUUCUUUUUUUUUUCCUGCAUGUUAACACAUCCUGAGAUGGUUAAAUCCAAGCUUAUGUAAUGAAGUUACUGUCUCUGCCAUGCUUUUAGGGAAUGCUCCUAAUGAAGCAAAGCUUAGAAAUCCUCACCAGAUGAUCCUCACCAGACCAUUUCAAAGGAAGCAUGAAGUGUGCACACAACGUCCAUGCACUUAAGGAAAGCUCACUAGAGAGAAAUUUGAUCUCUUUGGCAUAGAAGACCCGAAAUAGUCAAGGACUCUCACAUUUUCAUUACAUCUCAUUACAUUUUGGAUAGAGUAUUUAGGUGGGUGGAGCAGGGAGAAGUUGGGGACUUGGUUUCUCAGCUCAAGUUAGAGUUCUAUGUAAAAAGGAAAGGUGGGCAGUGGAAGGGAAUCUGACUGUCCCCUGGUGUGUGGAAAUUUUCUGAGCCUUGAAAGAACUUUCACAGCAUUUUUAUUACAACAGUGUCUCGCCUAUUAUGGUUUGAAAUACCAGCCCCCAAUGCCAGAGGUUAGUGAAGCAAAGCAGCCCAUUCCUCAGGGAAGAUUCUCUGUCCUAGCCAGCCUAUGUGGCCUUCCCUCCUGGCCCCCAGAGCAUUGCAUGCUGUCCAGGAGGAGCAGGGGAAUACUUUGAGGCAGCAUGGAAGAAGAGAGGGGCAGGUGGCCCCUUGAAAGUGGCCAGUCACAGCAUGAUGGAUUCACACCAGAUGAGAACCCCUAAGGAAUACAGUACAGAUGACUGCUCUUUAAAUAUCCCUACAUAGAGAGCCUUCUUUUAAUAGAAGCCAAGUAAAAUUAACUUAGGCGUGUGACCUAACUUUUCCAUGACUGUGAUCAAAGGCAGCCCCACGUUAGAAAGUCCCAUGUCUGCACCAGUAGUCUUCUGCAGUUUUUCCUCUCUGAACCAGCCAGAACACCAUUGCCAGUUCUGCCCCAAACAGAGCAGCAACUGAUGCCUUUUCCACUGGCCAAAGACUGCUGGUGUUUUUGUUUGUUUGUUUUGUCACCUGUCACAGGCUGCACCCAUAGUACAUAGUUGUACUGCAUGGGGGAAAAGGUCUGAAAAAAAAUUCUACUUGCUUUCUGGCUUCCAUCUUUUUAUGUGUGUGUUUUCCCCCAUAAUUGAUUUGGUCUAUUAUACCGUGUGUCUCCCAGAGAGUUCACACCACACCAAGAAUAACGCAUUCAUAAAUUGUUCCAACCUAUCCCAAGGGCCUAGAAAGCAUCUCCGAGCAUAGUUCAAGUCACCUCAUUUAAUGGGGGCUCCCAGCAAAGCCUAAUAGGGUUUCUGGUAAGGUCUACCCCCGCUUCUAUUUUUAAUAGGUUCCUUUAUACCCACACACUCCUAUCAUGUUAGGUAUUGGAGGGUUAGUGUUCUGACCUUUUAGAUGCAAAAAGAGACUUGGUAAUAAGCCAUGCUAUUACUAUGUAAAUACAUUCUUGAACUUCAAGUUCUUGUUUACGGAGUUUUAAAAAGUUGGGUAGAUGAAGUGGAAUGAAAUAUUGAGAUUAAUGCUUAUUUUUAUUUGUUUGGUAGUUUUUGUUUGAUGAUUGUCCACAUAUUUUGUAACAGGCCCACUCUAGGACAGCAAAGAAGGAUAAAUCUGUGUUCUACAGUGUUCUGAAUCUGCUUUUCUAUGAUUAAUUUCUGUCAAAUUAAUGCUAUGAUAAUUGAGUCAAAAAUCUGAAGUUACCGUCUCUCCUCUCCAAUCUCUAUUCCUGGCCCCACCCCUCUGUCUUGUUAAGUGGCCUUGGACUCUUGUCUCUACAUAUUCUGCCUCUCCUCUUUCAAAGGUCUGAAAACAUAAUCUACAUUUAUGAAAAAACUGCCUUCCCCACCAAAUCAGUCAAAGUCAAGGAAAUUAUAUGAAUGAUAGAUUUUUUUCAGAACAUCUUUAACCAAUAAAUACAAAAUGUAUUCCUCGAUAAGAUGAUAAUUUUAAAACAAUAUAGCAAUUUGAUAAAUGAAGAUCAUAGGAAGCUAAGUAUAUUAAGUUCCACCCAGGCUUCACAACUCAUUUGUGCCUUCAGCUAGGAUAUUGCAUCUAUUUUCUUUCCCUUGUUAGGAAAAUUGAAAUUCUGAUACUUGGCUAGUUCGUGUGUGUGUCAAGUGCUUGUAAGUUAAUAAUGCAUAAAGCACUUAUGUCUUCUCAAGUCAAUUUGGAAAACCCUUCACUCAUCAUAUCCCACCAAGGACUUGGGAAAUUCCUGGCAUUUCCUAUCAGCAUUUAAUCUUUUUAAGGGAACCUCCAUCUUAAUGGGACUGAGACUAAGAUUUGCUUUACUCUUGACUCCUAUUUUUCCUAUUUCCUUUUCGUGUUAGUGCUCAGUUUUUUUGAAAUCCAAGCUGUUUUCAUUAAUCAGGAAAGAUGAGUUUUCCUUCGAUAAACUUCCUAGUGUUGUCUUCUCUUUGUGGACACCCAAGCCAGAGAGCACACAACCACAAACUAACACCUUCGCCCAGGCAUCUUCCUAGCCUGGAUUAGAAAUCUCAGUGAAUCUUAUCUCUCUCUCUCUUUUUUUUCCGGUAAGUUUUCCAGAAAAAAAGAAUAGGUUGCUCUCUAUAUUCUGUGAAGAAAACAUUUGAACUUGGGCCAGAUAGUUCCACCGCGUCCUCUUUGGUUCCCUCAGAUGAUGUCCCCCAAACUAAGACAGAGACACUCCUGCUAUGUCUGACUUGGACCUGAUUUGCUGACUCAGUUGUUUUCUUUUCGGUGUUCUGAUUUCUUAUGGGCAAUGGCCUAUAUUGCCCGAGGACUAAUGCUUAAAGCAAGUCUAUCAAGGAUAUUUAUGAGAUGAGCAAGGAAAACACUUUAAUGUGUCCAAGUGCCAUUAAUCAAUUUUUAAAAUAACGGUAAUAUGAAAUGAGGGCUAAAUAAUGUAAUCUAACUGCCAAUUAAAGAACACAGUAGUUCUGGUCUUAGUUACAUUUGAUAUGAAGUUAUAGACCAUUAAGCAGAUCCCAGCGGGUUUAGUGAAAACAUAGGCAUUGUGUUUUAAUGGCUGCAUUAGGGGCAUACACUUAGCCUGCAGGGUGAACUUUAGUCAGUGUUUUUCUAUCCUGGUGUUUUGUGAACAAUCCAAAAUUUCUACAAAGCCACCCUAAGUGCUGCAAUUGCAGAGGAACUUCCCUCUUAGUGACUUUCAAAGGCAGUCCAAGUCCACUCACACUGAGUCCAAGAUUUGGAAUUCACCCAGAAAAACCAGCAGAGCAGAAACACUCAAUGCACCAAGUAUGUUUGACAUUUCAUACCUGGGAUGAGUGGGUACAAAGAGACACGCUAUGGAACAAAGACAAAGUUGAUAUGGAAGAUAGAAAAGAGUCCCAGAAGAGGACAGGUUUAAAGAUGUUUGACUUUGGAUCCUACUUUUUACUUAGAUUUGGGGUAAACUCUUUCAAAUGAUACUGGAUUCAGAGGGGUUGCUUUUGAUAAAUUGACUUGAAUCCUCAGGAUUAGUGGAUUCUUGAACAUCCCUUCCAGACUGGACAGAUGAGGGAAAAAUCAGCCCAAAGACAAUCCACGACUUCAGUAACUCAUAUAGUAGUGUCAAUAUUGGAGAGGGUACAUUACCUUUCCUAGUGGCAUGUGUGCCAUAGGAAGGGGAAAGAGGCCGUGUCUGGGACAGGAGGUGCUUUAUCAGGAGUAGAUUUCAAAUGGCAAGGUACACUGGUACUGACCUCCAAGGCCACCGUCGUGAGAAGGGGAUGACAGGGUGUCUAGGUCAUCCCCUCUGUCCUUUGGGACCCAAGGAUAGGCCUUAAUUUGAUCUUAGAAGAUGAACAUGUAGAAUGGGAUCAGGAGGGAAAUUGGGUGCUCUGCCUCAGGUUGUAAAAAGUGCUGCCACCCACAUUCUCCAACAUAUGUGAGUCAAACUCAUGAGAUGUCCCCUUAAAGGCAGCAUCCCCUGGGGUGUGCCAGCCUAACACUCCUGCAGUAGUGGUGAUUGGAUGGCGGUCAAAGCUGGCCCACCCAGAGAAGCGGUGCAUCUCACCUAACGAUGGAGUUCAGCAGUGCAUGUUGAUCAGGUGGAUAUCCUGUAAUAUAAAUGCUCGUUUGGAUCCAAAAGGAAAACCAUUAAAAAAAAAAUAAAAGAAAGAUGAACAACUUUAUUGUUGGGGGGGUCAAGGAAAAGUAAAUAAAACCUUGUUGUAAAGAAUUAA